AUGUCUGCCAGCUGGAUUGCGCAAGCAGAGCGUUUGGUGGCGCAGACACGUCACCGCCUCGAGGUGGAAGAAGAGUUUGAUGAAUACGCAGGGGAGUUUGAAAAGCACCUGUUGACGGUUUUGGACUACAAACUGCCUGAGGUGCUGCUUCACAAAGCUCAACUCCUCCCUGCGCUGCCACGUGUCGUGGACCUUGGCUGCGGCACUGGGCUCUGCGGCCGCGCGCUGCGGAGUCGGGCAGCGGUGGGAUGCCUCGUGGGGGUGGAUCUAUCGGCGUGCAUGUUGGCCAGGGCCAAGCAGGAGGGCGGUUACGAUGAGUUGUAUCAGCGAGACCUCUUAGCACAUUUGCAACGCGAAGGCUCCGGCGCGGUGGAUUUGCUCCUGGCGUGCGAUGUCUUCAUCUACCUGCGUUCGCUGGAGAAGGUCGUGACGGAGGGGCACAGGGUGCUGCGUCCUGGAGGCUUCUUUUUCUUCUCCACCGAAGCGGCCACAGUGGAAGAAGCCCCUGAGGGCCUGGUGCAACGUGCAUCUGGACGAUAUGCGCACAGCCGAGACUAUGUGGAAGGUUUGACGGACAGACGAUUCCAGAUCCUUGAUGCUGAGACCAUCGACCUGCGAAUCGAAGAUGACCUUCCGUUACCAGGAGAUUGUUAUUUGCUGCAACGUCUUCCGUGA